GAUAUUGAGGGUAAAUCAGGAAAAUAAAUAGUAGAAAUCCAAUUGAGUGGCCACCCAAAUCAAAAGCUAAUUCCUUUCUCUCAACUCUCCCUUCACUCUUCACUAUUUCUCUUGUGUGAACAUGAUUUAUGCAGGGGCGGAUCUACGUUGAGGCUCUCCCCCCACCCCCCCCCCCCCCCGGAAUUUUGAAAAUCACGUAUAAGUACAACGAGAAUUUUGAAGUUACGUAUUAAUUAAGAUACUUGUAUAAAUACCAACAGUGUGGAACUUGAAGCAAAUAUGAGGGAUUUUUCUAGAAAUAACACUGUUUUUAAAAAAAUUCCAAAAAUAGCACCCAACUCCAAAAAAUUCCAAAGAUAACACCAUUUCCCAAAAACCGCCAUCCCUACCAGCGGUUUAGGUACGUUUUUCGAUGAAAACCGCACUGGUAGGGGUUUUUUUUUUUUGAAAAAUCCUAACUUAGGUGGAAAUUUCAACGAACGUAUCUUUGUGUUCGGGUAUCCGAUCGUCAAUUUUUUUUAUUCCGCAUAACUUUUCGAGAUCUUGCAAGCCGAAGACUGCUGAAGGUGGUUUCGUCCCGCCUUCGUCCUGAAAAAAGUUGUUUGCUACCCCGAACGAGCUUUUUUCCGAUUUCGUCAAACUUUGGACAACCAAAACUUUGUGCUCCAAAAUUCAAAUGGCAUGACUUUUUUUUAUUUCGCAUAAAUUUUUAAGGAAUACAACUUUUAUCAUAGACAUAAUUUCAAAAUGUACGUGGAUUGCUGAAAAGGGAAGGUAAGCUAUUCCCAAAAUCCUGUAUAUCCAAAAAUAAUUGUUGUUUUGAAAAUUCAUUCCUAGUAAAAAUUGUAGUCCUUAAAACGUUAUGCCAAAUGAAAAAAAAAAAUCAUGAAGUUCGAAUUUUGGAGCUCAAUAACUUUAAACAAUCAUAACUUUGUGCUCCAAAAUUGAACGUCAUGAUUUUUUUUUCCCCGUUUCACAUAACUUUUUAAGGACUAAAAUUUUUACUAGGAAUGAAUUUUCAAAACAUCAAUUAUUUUUGGAUAUACAGGAUUAUGGGAAUAGCUUACCUUCCCUUUUCAGCAACCCACGUACAUUUCGAAACUAUGUCUAUGAUAAAAGUUGUAUUCCUUAAAAUUUAUGCGAAAUAAAAAAAAAUCUUGUCGUUUGCAUUUUGGAUCACAAAGUUAUGAUUGUCCAAAGUUUGACGAAAUCAGAAAUAAGCUCGUUCGGGGUAGCAAACGACAUUUUUUGGGACGAAAGCGAGACCAAACCACCUUCGGUAGUGUUCGGCUUGCAAGAUCUCAAAAAGUUAUGCGAAAACAAAAAAAAAUCCCGACGAUCGGAUACCCGAACACAAAGAUACGUUCGUUUGAAGUUUCCAACGAGGUUAGGAUUUAAAAAAAAAAAAAAACUGACCGCAUGGUGGGGGUGCAGUAUGCAAACAAACCGCAUGGUGGGGGUGCGAUUUGCAACCAAACCGCCACGACCCCACGCGGUUUGCAAAACCGCCCCCUACCAGUGCGGUUUUCAUAGAAAAACGCGCAUCCGGGUGGCGGUUUUUGGGAAAAGGGUGCUAUUUUUGGAAUUUUUCGGAGUUGAGUGCUAUUUUUGGGGAGAAAAAAAAUUAAACAGUGCUAUUUCUGGAAAAAUCCCCAAAUAUGAUGGUAUUUAGUCUAGCGGAGUAGUGAGUGUCUGUUGUGUUUGGAGGAUGUGGGUUCCAUACUCAUCACCAACACAACUUGUUGUUUUUGCCUUAUCAGAUUAAUUUAUAAUUUUUUGCUGAAAAAUUUCAUAUAAGAGUGAGAAUAAUAAUUUGGAUUAUAUUAUACUCUAUUUUUGGAUUAAUUGAUGUUUUGGGAUAAGAUGUUUUGAACCGUAUUAAGAAUGAUCAUUUCUUUGUCGACUUCAUGAUAUAAUAGGUGCGUUUAGUGUUAUAAUUGAAAAUUUACAUGUAAAAUUUUAGGUAUUAUAAUGUAGGAUGUACGAGACGGGUAUUACCCAUGGGUACCCGAAAACCAAUGGUACGGAGAUAUGUUUGCAAAACCUUACCCCGCUUGAAUAUGAAACAAGUAUAUGGGUUUGGAUAUUUGAAAACGAGAUUUAAUAGUUUAGACAAACCUGCCCAAACCCUCCCCAGGGCCAUUACCAUCCCUACUAAUAGGUAAAAAUAUCUGUAAUCGUGGUCAUCCGCCCGAAUCCGACCUGAUUGGGCAGGGUAAAACCCAAACCGAAGGACUUUUAGUGGGUACAGGUAAAACUCGACCCCGAAUAUUGCAGGUAAUAUGUGGAUAUGAUUUUCUUACUAUCCGACCCGAACCCGCCUGAUUAUACACAUGCAUAUGUAUUUUGUCUAGAAAUAAUCAUUAUUUUUCUCUAUAUAUUUUAUAUUUAGCAUAUAAAUAUAAAAUUUUCAUUAUAUUGUGUUGUUUUAAUUAAGUUUCUUCAUUCUAGUUAAUUACCGUCGUAGUUUUCCUCUUAUGUAAUGUGAGAAUACGUGUGGAUGUUAACAUAUAGGUUGGAGUUAUUAAGAGAAACUAUUAUCCUUGGAUAACCGUGGAUACCCGAAACCCGAACGGGUUUGAGUAUGAUUUUGAUUUUCUACCCUUUUGUUAUGUGGGUAUGGGUAAAACUCGAACUAAAUUGAAUAGGGUAAUGAAUAUGCACUAUCCGCACCUGACCCGAUCCAUUAUUAUCAUCCCUACUACUAACAAGUAACAACCCAUAAUUAAUAACUAAUAAAAAAAAAAUGCGCGUGACACUUCAUCGGCUAGCUGCGGCGAUCUUGUGCCGUGGCUGAUAGUCGAGUGGCGGCGAGGUUUCGGUUUCCUUAGUCCCUCUUUUGUUUUCUUCGACGAAGCUAAUGGCAGGGAUCCGAGAAAAGGAAAACUAACUUAACCUCAUCCGGACUCAUUCCGAAAAGCAAACCUAACUAAUAUUCCCAGCCAAAAACAAAGUACAAAUAACCGGACAACACGACUCUGUUGAUCGACAGUGUUCAGAAUUUCACCAACUCCCUGUGGCAGCUAUAUUCUGUCCUUUGGAACGACCGCAAGAGAGACAACGAGAGCAGAGCUAUUUAUAGUUUCCAACACUUCAUCAAAUCCAACAGAUAUCUAAAAAGUAAGUUCUUAAGUUUUAAAGUGCGAUUUUGACUGCAUCGUGCGACACAGAUAUCUAAAAAAACCCAGAAAACCAGAACAUCUAGUUCCGACACAGAUAUAUGGAGAAAAGUAGCCGCCGUACUACCGUGUCAUCAGCUGCGUGGCUGUUAUUAUUAUUAUUAUCGAUGUCAAUUCAGCUGUGUCGGGUUGCUGUCGCCGGCGACGACGCGUCAGCUUCCUACUGCAGCGACGACAAGUAUUUCAAGGGCGACCACGAUCUGAAGGCGAGCAUCAAGGCUGUGCUGGGAGGGUUGCUCGAGAAAACGACGGCUUCGGCGGACUCCGACAUCGAGUCCAAAAUGCAACAUCCGGCCGACAAUCCGCGGGUCUACGGCGCUGCCUUCUGCGAGAAGUCUCCGACAGAGGCUUGCGCGCACUGCCUCAGGGUGGCCAAAAAACAGCUUCUUCGUGGGUGCGACCACACUGCCGGUGCCGAAUUCUACUCCGAACUCUGUUACUUGAGAUUCGAGAUCUACAACUUCCUCAAUUAAUUUUUCGAUUCAAGUUUGUUGGUUUCCAAUAAAGAAUUUUAUAUCAA